AUGCGCAAUGGCGCCGUCGGGCGGGUGAUCGAUGAUGGUGGGUUCAAGCACAAGCUCAAGCUCAAGCAUGCGGUUUAUGUUGGGGUGGCUCGACCCCCAUCUUCCUGUGUAGUGUUCAUCGCGUGUAUUAUGCUCAUCGCUGUCGUAUUGCAUUUGCUGAGGGCAUGUGCAGGUAUGUAUGCAUGUAUGUAUGUAUGUAUGACAAGCGCUGUGUCGUGCACACUCUACAGCGGUGCGACGUCCGGUGGACCGCGAGCGCUGUCAGAUAUCAUUACUACUGCUACUACUACUACUACUACUAUUACUACUGUGUCGCAUGAAGGUCGCGUGGCUGCGGGAGCAAUGCGGGGCGAACGGCGGCGUCCUCCUUUCCACUUUUCCUCCUCCUGCUGUGCGGUGGCGGUGGUGGUGUGA